AUGGUGAAGUACUUUUCUGUGGAUUGGCUCGCCCGGAGCCACCAUGACAAGGCGCUCGAGGAGAAAGAAGGGGCUGCAAUUGCAAUGGACGGUGUGGCCAACUGCAAGCCGCACAUUCCCUGCAUGGUGCAGCCGAGCCCGCCAGCCUACGGCAAAAGUUACGUGCAGCCCAAACCAAAGUCAUCCAAGCCUGCAGAGCCGAUGGAGACCACACGCUGCACAUCACCAAUUUCAGAAACAAGCGACUACUCGUCUGGCUACGAUAGUGAAGCUGCUUCCUCCGAGUGCCUGUCUGUAGACGAGGCGGCGGCCGGGAAAGACAGCGCUCAGCGUCGAGUGCGCACCAAAUUCACCCCGGAGCAAAUCAACAGGCUGCUAAAGAUCUUCAACAAGCACAAGUACCUGGAUGCUGGCGAGAGGGUGAAGACAGCGCGCAAGUUGGGGCUAACUGAAACGCAGGUGAGGACCUGGUUCCAGAAUCGGAGGAUGAAACUCAAGCGGGAGGUGCAGGACCUCACUCCUCAAAUCCAACCGGUCAUGUUUCAACAUAUGCAUCCGAUUCAGUACCACGCCGUUUCUGGACAGCAAAGCCACUUCCCAGCACCCGGAGCAGCAUUUUACCCCGUGGUCCCUGUGCCGCCGCACCUGGUCCUGCAACAGCAUAUGGCUCCUCACCCAGGGCCCCGUGUUAUGAUCCACAGCUCACAUUUCUACUAAGAGACUCUUCAAAGACUUCCCACCCAAACACUUAAGUCUGUUUUCUUGCAUGAUUUCAUGCAAGACUUGUAUAUAAUUGCAGAAAAAAGUUUAUUUA